GUCGUCCUCCUCCCGACCGCACCGAGCCAUGGACAUCGCGUCGCGUGCCUUUCUUCUCCGUUUCCUCUGCCUGCCUGGCUGCCGCCCACCCGGCCCCAAAACAUUCGGCGGCCGAGUCAACCGAGAAAAUUAACACGAGCCGUCCACCCACCCUGUCCCUUCCCCGGCUUCCCCCCGUCCUCGGCUCCACCAAUUGCUCUCGCGUCAUUGGAAGGGAAAAACCAAGGGGGAGGGAGGGAGGGAGGAGCGCAUCUCCGCCCCGCCCGCGUCGCCGUCCCCCGAUCCGCCACAUGAUCUGACACCGCAUUGCCGCCGCGGUGACCCCUUCCGCCCCCGGAAUGGAGGCGCUCAACGAGCUCUGCGACCUGGUGGCCGCGCACCCGGAUCUCCUCCUCGCCGACAAGCUCGCAUGGCUCUCCUCCCGCUGCGCCGCCGUCCCGGCCGCCGCAGCUCCGCAACGUGCGUCGAGGGCGCACCUCCAUUCGCUCCUCGCGUUGGCGCGCCUCCUCCCGGCGGGCGCCGCCGGUGUCGGAGGCGAUGCGUCGCCCCCGGCCCCACUCCUAUCCUUCCUCGCGUCCCACGCCUUUCUCUCGCCGGCCUUCUGGCCCCAGUCCUUCGCCCCGGCGCCGUUCCUCUCUAGGCUCCUCCCGCUCCUCGCCGCGGCCCCAUCCUCCCCCGCCCUUUCUUCUGCUCUCUCCGCCGCCCUCCUCGCCGCGCUCGACGUCGCCGACCAGGCCUCCGCGCCGCUCGCCCGCGCGUUCCUCUCCGCUGCCGCCGCCGCGGCACCCCUGCCGCUCCUCCCUGCGGAUGCCGCGCCCAUCGCUGCCCGUCUGCUCCUCGAGUUUCCUGGCUCCGAGGAGGCGCCGACCAAGGCCAAGGGGAAGGGGGAGGACGCCGCGGGCGAGGAGAACGGAGGGGUAAAGGAGGUAGUGCGUAGGUUCGAGGAGGAGAAGGUCGAUGAGCUGGAGCGGAAGGAAGUCGCAUUCAGGCUGAUCGUGCAUAUGCUUGGGGGCGAGGGUGGGCUAGAGACCGAGCAGGUUGGGAAGGUCAGGAAUGCUGCUGCACGACAGGUCCGAUCACUCACGGAUUUCCUCAAGAUUAGAAAGCGGGACUGGAGGGAGCAAGGCGCACAGCUCAGGGCAAGGAUAAACACCAAAUUGAUGUGUUGCCAAGCUGCAGUGGUGGUGCUGGUGCGAAGCGUUUCCACCAUGGACACAGAUAGCAAGUCUUCGAAGGAUAUGCUCCAGCAGACUCUAGCUUGGUUCAUCGAGGCUACCAAGUCAUGCAUCCUGUCAUCCUGGCGGAAACUGAAGAUAUGUGAGGACCUAUUUUGUACACUGCUCAAUGGGAUCAGCCAGAUAACUGUCUCACGCGGGGGCCAACUCCUGCCGGUGCUUUUGAUUCCCUUAAAACCGCUUGUUGUUAGCACGUGUUCGCAGGCUGACAUGGCAGGUAGUAGCCCUGGGGCUCUAUUUGAAGCAGUAGUGAAGUUGAGCUGUGAGAUCAUAGAGUUUGGCUGGACAAAGGAUAGGGCCCUUGUUGACACAUUCAUUAUGCGUCUAGCUGCUUAUGUUCGUGAGCGGAAUGAUUAUGAGGAGGAUGGCAAAGGAAAAGAGGCAGUUCCAGUUAUUCGACUUAAUGUCAUACGCCUUCUGGCUGAGUUAUGUGUUUGCUUGAAAAAAUGGGAAGUUGUGGACAUGAUUUUACCCCUUUUCAUUGAACAUCUAGAAGAGGGUGAUGCUUCAUCUCCAAGUUCAUUGCGUUUACGAUUAUUAGAUGCAAUAUCUCGUGUUGCGUGCUUGGGUUUUGAAAAAUCAUAUCGUGAGAGUAUUGUCUUGAUGACAAGAAGUUAUCUUGACAAAGUUAAAGCUCUAGGGGCUUCAGAAAACAAUACAGUGCCAUCAGAAGCAACAACUGAGCGAACAGAGACUCUUCCUGCAGGCUUUCUGCUUGUUGCUUCCAACCUCACAAGCACAAAACUCAGGUCUGAUUAUCGUCAUAGGUUACUGUCUCUGUGCUCAGAUGUGGGGCUAGUUGCUGAAUCUAAAAGUGGGAGGAGUGGUGCUGAUUUGAUGGGUCCGUUACUUCCCGCAGUUGCUGAAAUAUGUUCUGAUUUUGAUCCAGUGUCCACUGUUGAGCCAUCACUAUUGAAACUAUUUCGAAACCUUUGGUUCUACAUUGUAUUAUUUGGGCUGGCUCCACCCAUACAAAAAAAUGAGGCACCUACAAAACCAGUUUCCACUUCAUUAGGUACAAUGGAAAGCAGUGCUAUAGCCCUUCAAGCUGUAGCUGGACCAUACAUGUGGAACAGCCAAUGGUCUGUAGCAGUGCAACGUGUUGCACAAGGAACACCUCCUCUGGUUGUUAGUUCUGUAAAAUGGCUUGAAGAUGAGCUAGAGUUAAAUGCUCUACACAACCCAGGUAGUCGCCGUGGUAAUGGUAAUGAAAAUUCUGCCGUUGGGCAGAGAGCUGCACUUUCUGCUGCUUUGGGAAGUCGAGUUGAGGUAGCGGCAAUGAACACUAUUUCAGGGGUAAAAGCUACGUACCUCCUUGCAGUUGCUUUCCUGGAGAUACUGCGUUUUAGUUGCAAUGGUGGCAUACUCUCGGCUACAUCUACAUUGAAUAGAUCAAAUAGUGCUUUCAGUUGUGUAUUUGAAUACCUGCUCACUCCAAACUUGACACCGGCGGUAAUUCAGUGUUUGACAGCAGUUGCACAUAGAGCUUUUGAAACAGUGCUAUCAUGGCUGGAGGAUCGCAUAUCUGACAUAGGUGAAGGAGCUGAUGUUAGAGAAUCAGUUCUUUCUGUUCAUGCUUGCUUUCUGAUAAAAAGCAUGUCUCAGAGAGAUGAGCAUGUUCGUGAUGUGAGUGUUAAGCUGUUAACGCAGCUGAAGGAAAAGUUCCCACAGGUCCUCUGGAACUCUUCAUGCUUGGAUUUACUUCUUAUUUCUGUUCACAAUGAGUUGACUUCUGGUCCAGUCAGUGAUCCUGCUUGGGUUGCAACUGUACGCUCACUGUAUCAAAAGAUUGCUAGGGAAUGGUUGACAAGUGCUCUUUCAUAUGCUCCGUGUACCACUCAAGGCCUUAUACAGGAAAAUUUUUGCAAGCCAAGUGGAGUACAAAGAACACAGCAUACAGCAGAUGUUGUUUCACUUUUAUCUGAGAUACGUAUUUGUAGUGGAAAGAAUGAUUGGAACGGUAUUAGGACGGCCAAUGUUCCUGCAGUUAUGGAUUCUGCAGCAGCAGCAUCGGGAGCCAAAAAAGAAGCACCUGACUUCACUUUGGAAGUACUAUCUACUGCAGUAGUGAGUGCAACUGUGAAGUGCAACCAUGCUGGUGAGAUUGCUGGUAUGAGAAGGCUGUUUAGUACUAUGGGAGGCGUAAACAUGGUCAUGUCUCCUCAUGGCACGCAAUCUGGGAAUCCUCAUCAGUCAUUUGAUGAAGUUUUUGUCUCCAAGUUUGUCAGUCUUCUUCAGAACUUUGUUGUUGCGGCGGAGAAACAACCAAUAGAUAAUUCACAAUUUCGUGAAACAUGUUCUCAAGCUACAGCAUUACUUCUUGAUCAUAUGGUGUCUGAUUCUAGAGCAAAUCUGGAAGGGUUUUCUCAGCUUAUACGGCUUCUAUGUUGGUGUCCUGCUUAUAUUUCUACCCCUGAUGCAAUGGAGACUGGAAUCUACAUCUGGACAUGGCUUGUAUCGGCUGCGCCUUCUUUAGGUCCUCUUGUGCUUGCGGAACUUGUUGAUGCGUGGCUAUGGACCAUAGAUACAAAGCGUGGAUUGUUUGCGUCGGAUAUGAAUUACUGUGGCCCAGAUGCAAAAUUGAGGCCGCAUCUUAUCGCUGGUGAGCCUGAGGCACCGCCAGAAAAGGACCCAGUGGAAGCAAUAAUAGCCCAUAGACUCUGGCUUGGCUUCUUUAUUGAUCGGUUUGAGGUGGUUCGGCAUGACAGCAUUGAACAACUUCUACUUCUAGGUCGGAUGUUACAAGGAACAAUGAAGUCUCCAGCUCAUUUUUCUCACCAUCCUGCUGCUACUGGCACUUUCUUUACUGCGAUGCUCCUUGGAUUGAAGUUUUGCUCAUGUCAGUCUCAAUCUAACUUGCAGAAGUGUAAUAUGGGGCUUCAGUUGUUAGAGGACAGGGUAUACCGUGCUGCUUUGGGAUGGUUUUCUUAUGCGCCUGAGUGGUAUGAAUCUCAAAACAAAACUUAUGCUCAGAGAGAAGCUCAAUCAGUGUCAGUAUUUGUCCAUUUUCUACAAAAUGAGCGCACCAGUGGUCCUGUCGAUUCUGUUUCAAAGUCACAGGGACGUGAAGAUGAACCUAAUAUGGUAGAUCAGAUUCAUCCUGUCUGGGGCUGUCUUGACAACUAUGCAACUGCAAGGGAAAAGCGUAAACAGUUACUUCUGACGCUUUCUCAGAAUGAGGCAGACAGACUUGAAGUCUGGGCACAACCUAUAAAUACAAAAGAUACGACGACUUUUCGUGGUAAAAUCAGCUCGGAUAAAUGGAUUGAUCAUGUCAGAACUGCUUUUGCUGUUGAUCCUCGAAUUGCUCUUUCUAUGCCUUUGAGGUUUCCAACAAAUGCAACAAUGCAAUCUGAGAUUACUCAGCUGGUACAGACACGAUUACUGGAGCUUCGUACAAUUCCUGAAGCAUUACCUUUUUUCAUUACUCCAAAGGCGGUAGAUGAAAAUUCAGUGCUGCUACAGCAACUACCACACUGGGCUCCAUGUUCUGUUACACAGGCAUUGGAGUUUCUUACUCCUCCUUAUAAAGGACAUCCACGUGUUAUGGCAUAUGUCCUUCGUGUCUUGGAGACUUACCCCCCUGAGACUGUUACCUUUUUUAUGCCACAGUUGGUACAAUCUCUCAGAUAUGAUGAAGGGAAACUGGUUGAAGGGUACUUGCUUGGAGCUACUCGAAGAAGUAAUAUAUUUGCUCAUAUCUUAAUAUGGCAUCUGCAGGGAGAAUACGUUGAUGAAUCUGAGAAAGAUGCAGAGGCUCUGAAGGGCAGUGCUUUCCAAUCCUUGCUUCCUGCUGUUAAGGACAAAAUUAUAGAGAGUUUCACUCCAGAGGCUCGUGACAUGUUUGAAAGAGAAUUUGAUUUCUUUGACAAAGUGACCUCUAUUUCUGGUGUCCUUUUCCCUCUUCCCAAGGACGAGCGGAGAGCGGGUAUAAGAAGGGAACUGGAGAAGAUUUCGAUUCCAGGUGAUGACCUCUACCUACCUACUGCAACAAACAAGUUAGUACGGGGUAUACAGUUGGACAGUGGUAUUCCUCUCCAGUCUGCUGCAAAAGUUCCAAUAAUGAUUACUUUUAACGUUGUUGACCGUGACGGGGACCCAAAUGAUGUAAAACCACAGGCUUGUAUUUUUAAGGUUGGUGAUGACUGUAGACAAGAUGUGCUGGCGCUGCAAGUGAUUGCUCUGUUAAGGGAUGUAUUUCAAGCUGUUGGAUUAAACCUGUAUCUUUUUCCGUAUGGUGUUUUGCCUACUGGACCAGGCCGAGGCAUAAUUGAGGUGGUCCCAGAUACUCGGAGUAGAAAUCAAAUGGGUGAAACAACUGAUGGUGGUUUAUUAGAGAUAUUUCAGCAAGAUUAUGGUCCUGUAGGUUCACCUUCUUUUGAAACUGCUCGAGAAAUGUUUAUGAUCAGUAGUGCUGGAUAUGCUGUUGCUAGCUUACUCCUUCAACCGAAGGAUCGGCAUAAUGGCAAUCUUCUCUUUGAUAGCCAUGGGAGAUUAGUCCACAUUGAUUUUGGUUUUAUUUUGGAGAUUUCACCUGGAGGUAAUAUGGGAUUUGAGAGUGCACAUUUCAAGCUAAGCCACGAGAUGACUCAAUUGCUGGAUCCAUCUGGAACUAUGAAGAGUGAUACAUGGAACCAAUUUCUCAGAUUGUGUGUCAAAGGAUACCUAGCAGCAAGGAGGCAUAUGAAUGGGAUUUUAAGUACAGUCAACCUGAUGAUAGACAGUGGCCUUCCUUGCUUUAGCAGGGGAGAUCCUAUCAAUAAUCUUCGGAAGCGGUUUCAUCCAGAGAUGAAUGAACGUGAGGCCGCUAACUUCAUGAUACGAACAUGUGCUGAUGCUUACAACAAGUGGACUACCGCAGGGUAUGACUUGAUUCAGUACUUGCAGCAGGGUAUUGAGAAAUAGUCUGUUUUUCUUUUUGUAAAUGGCGUUCGUGUACAUCAAUUGUAUGUAGCCACUAUCUUUUUAUGUAGAAUUUAUUUAUUGAGUUGUAUCGUUGGGUAAGGAUGGAAUUCACGUGAUUAACGUAGGGUGUUUGUUGCACAGAGGCUUUUUUUUUUCUUGCACUGUAAGACUGCCUAGAAAAUAUUAGCUAGUAUAGUAAGUAGAUCAAGAUUUUGUAUUGCUGUCGCAGAAUGUAUUUUCUUUUACUAAACAUGUAUGAUUCGCAUGCGAUUUCAUUUUUUGCUCGUUACGAUA